AUGUCAUUUGAUAAUGAAACAGCUAUAUAUUAUGAUGAAGAUAAUAUUCGUCUUACAGCACCACAAUCUUAUAGUCAAAAUGUUAUUUCUACAUCAUUCAACGAUAAUAUUUGUUGCCAACCGGCUAAACCAAUUGCGACGGAUGUAACUUUCCUUGCUAAAUUUAUAUUUUCUGUUGUUAUUAUUUUUGCUAUUGUAACUAUAAUUGUUGUUGUUGUUUUCUUUCGUUAUAAUCAACAUUUAGAAAAACAGAAAAAAAAAGAGAAAAAAGAUUUAGAAGUUGAUAAAACAUGUGCUCAUCCAUUUGAAGAAUUUCUUAUUGUUGUUAAUGAUACGAAAUCAAUUGAAACAAUAGAAAUAAUACCAACAACAAUCACAAAUUGA